GUGUCAACCUCCGAGCAUUGUCAAUGUCACUCGGAAAAGUUAAAAAGAUCAAGCGAAAAUGUUCGUACUUGGUAUUACAAGAAAUUUUCGCAAAGUAGCGAAAUAGGCGUAAAUUUUAAUUAUUCUACAUACAAAAAUGGAAACAACCGUCACUGUAGAACGGCUGGUUGGUGAUGAAACUGAAGAUUUCCUACCAUCACAUGAAAUCUUACGAGAAAACUUGAAGGCUGUCCAUAAAAAACCAUCGGCAAAGAAACGGAUAAAAAAAAUUCAAUGCAAGAUAUGUAAGGAGAUAUUCCCAGAUAAAGCCACCUUAGAACUCCACGAGAACAUCCAUGAUCCGGCCAACCCAUAUGCUUGCGACAAAUGCACGUACAAGACGCACAUUAAGAAGUACUUGUCGCGACAUGUUCGUAAAGUGCACAACAAGACUGAGUAUAAGCAGGAGUGCGAGUAUUGCGGAAAGAAGUUCCAGUUUAAAUGCUUGUUGGAUAAACAUGUUCGGGUACACACCGGUGAGAAACCUAAUGUAUGCGACGUUUGCGGCAAGGCCUUCAAUUCUGCCUACUCGCUAAGCUGUCACAAACUUAUACACACAAACGAAAAACCUUUCAAGUGCGCUUUCUGCGACCACGCCUGCCGGGACAGCUCGUCCCUCAGGAAACAUCAAAACAUACAUUUAGGCAUUUCUAAGAAAUAUCCUUGUCAAGAAUGCCACAAAAAGUACGAGAGAAAGGGUCUCCUACAAGACCACGUGAAACGAGUGCACCGGCGCGUGGAAGUAGAUGAGUCUGCGAAGAUGAAGUGUGACACCUGCGGCAAACACUUCAACAGCAGACGGGCUCUAGUGAACCAUAUUAAAGCCGUCCACAACAAAAGCACUACAUGUGUCUGCGGUAUUUGUGGCAAACAUUUGGCGUAUAGCGCAAACCUUAAAUCCCAUAUGAGGUCCCAUCUAGACAUCAAACCAUACAAGUGUACUUUUCCAGGAUGUAAUAAUAGGUAUAAGGAAAAGAGUUCAGUGAAAAAACACGCUGUAAUACAUUAUCCAGAACAGCAAAUGUAUUGCGACGAAUGUGGUAAAGGAUUUACACGCAGAAUCAGAUUGAUAAGGCACUUUGCUCAACACGAGCCCAAGGUUAAGAACACAAAAUGCACCUUCUGCGGAGUAUGCUUCUACAACAAGAACUACUUGUUGAAUCAUAUGAAAACUGUUCACGGCAAGAGAACCAAACUGAUUUGCGAUACAUGCGGCUUCGAGUGUCUCAACAAGCCCGGCCUUGUGAUGCAUAUGAAAAGUGUCCAUAUGGACAGGCAGUGUCGCAUAUGCAAGAAAUCGUUCAAAAGAAAAGGCAAUUUGGCCAAACAUUACCGUUAUGCGCACAAUACUGCUGUUAAAACCAAAUCAAAAAUCCGGAAACCUAUGGUGGUUAUAAAACAAGAGCCGUUGGACUUACCCGAUUUGGAGAUAGACUUACUGGACAUAGACAAGGAGGAACCUUUUGCUGGCUUCGAUAUUGAAUCGCGGGACCAUUUCAGUACUUCCUUGUCUUCGCUCCAAUCGUUGCAGCAUCAGAAUAGCAAUGAAAAUGCUACUGUUGGGGUAACUGAUGAUAAAGUGGAACCAAUAACUUCGGAAGAUACAGAAUCUCAACCGCAAUUUGCCACAACGCAAGUCAUACAAGGGGCUACACCAAGCGAUAAUGGCCAAACUAAAGUACAAACACAAGAAUCGACAUUUGCACCAGAAGAAACUGAGAAUACGUCACAAGCGAACCCGGUGAACAGAACUAUGCAGGUCGACGAGUUCAUACAACACAUUAUGUCAAACAAUGACAUUCAGGAAGAAGUCAUAUCUCAACCCGAAGACACCACAGCGAAUGCCAUUUCCGAACCUUCUACUAACCAAGCGGAGCCGGGGCGCGCGGCUAUGCCCGUAGACGAGUUCCUACAACACAUGAUGUCUGACACAGAACUACCUUAUGAAGAUGUAGAUGUGGAAAGCGAAGAUUACUUGAACCUGCGUCUCAACGAGCUGAUAGAAGAAUCCAAUAAGAAGAACGGCAUUGUCAAGAAGAAUGCAGCCUUAGGGAGAAAAUUGGAGAAGGUACAUGUUGAUGAAAUUUCGAAAUUCCUCUUCACAAAUGUAAAUAUAGAGGUUGACGGAAAAAUAAUAACACCAUUACAAAAUAAACAGAAGAUAAUUGUCAAGAAGAAGAAGAAGAAGAUUAAAAAGAGAAAGAGGAUAUUGGAAGAAGAUAUAGAAGACGAUGAACUGGAGCAAUACGAUAGGGAAAAUGAAUUAUACGAUAAAGAAGAAGAGUCCAAAGAAAAGAAAGAGACGGAAGAAGAUGCACAUACUGAGAAUAGUGUUGAUGAAAGAGAUAGCAAUACAACUAAACUGAAUACCGGAAUCAAAAUAAAAUUCGACUUACAUCAAUGCUACGUUUGCUUUAAGCUAUUCCCAACCAAACCUCAAUUAAUACAGCAUUGCAAAGAGCACUUUGACGUUUGCAAUGAGAUAACAUUGAAAAAGUGUCCUCUAUGUAAUUUUGUGACACAUCACAACAUAAAAAGGCACAUGAAACUGAAACACAACACAGACAUUAAUUUCUCAUUCAUGCGUAUAAAAGAUAAAAAAGUUAACAAGAACGGAUCGCGUUACUAUUUCGAUACAAACGAUGAUUCUAUUAAAGAACUAGAAAUAAUACCUAGCAUAAAAAUACUGAAUAAGAAAGCCAGUAUGGACUUAGAUAAAAGGAAUAGAGAAUUGAAAGACAAAAGUCUUCUAAAACGCAAACUGGUUAGGAAAGGCAAAGAGUGGAUUGUGGAAACUGAAAAAAUAGACGUGAGCGAUCACGUUGUGCCCAAGUUAAAAAAUAAUGAUGACUAUUUAGCCAAAAUGAAGAAGCUGAGCGUAGAAGCCAAGAAGAAUAAAAUGAAAAUGCUGUACCCCUGUAAUGGUUGCGAGAAAAUAUGCCAAAAUCUGAGUGCAUUGACUCUGCAUAUGCGUAGACAUGACCCAAACGCAAAACCGUUCAAACCUAAAAAGUGGCAACACAAGCAAAAGCCUGAAGAUAAAGCAAUGUUGCCAGAAGAAAAAGAGGCGUCUCCACAAUUAGAUAUAUCCAAUCGUGACGCCAAACCUAAACCCAUAUUGAACAAACACAGAUGCGAUCCCAAACUGAAAGCCUUUUACGAAAACAACAUAAAAGGUGGUGAUAUUGAAUUUUGGCAGUUUCUAAAGAUAUACAAUAAAAUGGACCGUGAGAAUGUUAACGAUUUCGAAGAUUUGGAGGCUAGAAGCGAUUUUGGCUUGCAUUCUUACACAGACAAAACCAAUAAUGAUAAAACAGUUAACAAUAAUGAACAAGAAACUACCAGUAAUUGUAAUAUUAGUAAUAUAAAUAGUUCUAGCAACAUUAAAACUGCAAAUAAAGAUAAUUUUGCCAGUAAAAAAGUUGGGAAACGAAUUGGAAAAGUAAAAUACGUUAGAAAAAUACAGUUAAGCAAAGCUGAAUAUAAGAGAAGAUGUGAACUUAAGAAUAAGCUGAGAGAGAAGUUUGCUAAUAAUUCAUGUUAGUGCAAUAUAGCUACAGAUAAGUAUGUUAAAAGAGACUUUAUAAUAAAUAAAUAGACGAAUUAUUAGUAGUUUUUGCCAGAAAUAGUGUAGAAAAUGUACAUUUUUGUGUUUCCCAUCACUCAAAAUGGCAUUUGAAAAAAGUAUUUUUAGUUUAAUUUAUAGGUUAUUUAUAUCUAUUUUGGAUUACAGUAUCUUUCAAUUUGUUGUCAAUUGAAAACUUAGUGUUACUACAAAAAAAAAUGAUAUAUUUUAAUUUUUGUAUUUCCCAUCAUUCACUAAGGCAUUUGAAGAAUGUAUUAUUGGUUUUAUUGAUUACUAGCUAUGCCCCUCUGUGUUACCCGCGGUUUAUUGGAAUAAGAUAUUUUCCCGCAGUAAAACGCAGCCUAUGUGUUAAUACAGGUUUCGGCUAACUCCAUACCAAAUUUAAUUGAAAUCGCUCCAGCCGUUUAGACGUGAAGAAGUAACAAACAUACACACUUACAAACUUUCUUCUUUAGUUAGAGUAAUUUAUAUUUCUUUUGGAUUACAAUAAUUAACUUCAAUUUAUCGUCGAUUGAAAACUUACGGUAAUAAGGUUGAAUUUGAAACAGCAUAAUAAAUAACAUAAUAAUGGGCUUGCUUUAUAUAAAUUUUCUAAACCUAAAACUGAAAUUGAGAACAGUACAUCCUUAUAAUCCUAUCCUAACAGCGGCCGCUCGCGACUCAACAAUUUUUUCGGUAUAAUAAGUUUCCUAUGUCUCAAUCAAUCCCGGUAAUAAAUUAUAUAUGUAUGUGCCAGAUGUUAUCCAAAUCCGUUUAGCCAUUUUUGCGUGAUUGAGUUACAAACAAACAUUCGCAUUUAAAAUAUCAGUUAGGAUGUAAAGAAACAAAAGGACAUACUGCUCUCGAAUUUAAUUUAAAAUUAAGUGAAUCAUAUUUAAUUCCAUAAAUUAUGUGAAAUCCUCAUUUAGGAUGAAUUUAAAUACAGUAGAACCCGUUUAACACGAUCACGCUUAAUACGAUUUUUAGCAUAAUACGCAAUUUUGCGUCAGGCCCUGCAACUUGAGACAUGUUUUCAUACAUUUAUUAACGCUUCAUACGAUUCGUCAUCCCGUCUAAAACGCCUAAAUCGCCAACGUACUACGCAUAUUACCUCUUGCGGCAGCGGCCAGCGAUUGACGUGAAGACUGUCGAACGACGCACGCUAAGCGGCCCCCAGGGUUUUCCUGGAUAUUCUUCCAUUGAUUUGACUUCCAUGCCGACAAUGUGGCACAGUAUAAAAUUCAAUGAGAAUGUGAAUAACACACAAGAAGAGGCCUUAAGCGAUAAUGAUCAAUAAGAAGAUGAGUCAACUCCGAUUUUGUCACACGCCCAGGCAUUAUCAGCAGUUAAUGAUUCAAGAUGCUAUGUAAUUUCUUUGAAUCAAAGCGAAGACGCACUGUAAAAGUAAAAUUAUGUUGAAAACCUUGUAAUUUCUAAUGCCAAAUCUUUUUGACAAACUAAAAUAAGUGAUUAAUUUAAAUAACUUAAUAAUAAAUAAUAAUACACUUAAUUUUUUAUAACACAUAAUUCUUAAAUAUCGUAUAUUUGAUACCUCAAUACCACGGAGGAAAAACAAAGAGGAGCUGGCCUAAGCAACUGUGCACUGUGAUUUUCAACUAGGUCCUGACGUCAUCAUUGUGGGCGGGGCCUAAGUCAGUAUGCUUUCAGCGUUCGUCAGGUGCACACUUAACGAGACUCGCAUUAUAAGUGUUUUUUUGCGUUUUUAACAAGAAAAGGAUGAAGUUUUGUGUUUUACUAUGUCAAAGUUACUCAGACAGACGUUCUGAUAAUAUGGAUGGCAUCACAUUUCAUUUGUAAGUAAUUUUAUACGUAAUUAAAUAUAUAAGUUCUAG